AUGCCUGCCUUCUUGCGAGAUCUGAGGCGCCGCAGCAAGUCGAGCUUCAACAGACAAAAAAGCGAUGGCACCGACUCGAGCACGAGCAACAGCAAUAAUGGUAACGGUAACGGUAACAAUUCUGUUCCGAGCAUGCCAACCACCAAAUCUUCUUCAACUCUGAAUUCCUCCUAUGGGGGUGCGACCCCGCCCAUGAGCAAUUCGCAGUCUUCUUCCAACCUCCAAACUUUGAAUGGCAUCGCGCCUCCACCCCCCAUCCCACCAACUCGCCCUCCAAUUUCAUCAUCUUCAGGCAACAGACACUCGGUGAGCGGCAUGUCGGGUUUGGGAUCACCGUCGCUAAAGUCAUCAAUUCCCCCGUCACCAUACGCCCCUCGAAUACUGUCUAUUGCGGACAAUACUUGGGUAUACCAAAAAGUAUUGUCUAUGUAUGGCACAAUUGCAGACCCCGCAACCCAGGCUCUGGAAGGCAACCUCACCGUGAGCAGGCUCGACGACCAACUGCCUCCUACCUACUGGCCCGUUUCUGCUUCGCAUUUCAAAGCCCUGAUCUAUCUGAUACCGGGACCCAACCGAUUGCGCUUCGAUUUCACAUCCCCUAAGCUUGCUAAUAGCAAUACGACGAAUCCUAUACACUCGUCAUACCUCACUCUGCAUAUGCUUCCGCGGCUAUGCGCCCCGCCUUUGCAACUGGUCAUCCUAUUAGCCAAAGACUCCCCAGCUACAUUUGAUGCCGUGCCGGCUCGGAUAGAGCAAGAGGGAAAUGGGCUAGAGACGGCCAUUCAAAAGUUCAGGAUGGCAGCAUACCUCUGGCAGGCUUUCACUUCUGAGCAGAUGUUCCGCAAUAAACUGGGAAGGAGAGUUUUCAGAAUGGAGGAAGAAUGGAUUACCGGGACAGCAAAUCACCGAGAUCGCGAAUUAGGGACCAUGAGGAGUGAGGCUAAAGUUCAUGUUAUACGAUGUUCUAAAACAAUUGCUGAGCUUCGGGAUCUCGAUUUGGCACAGCAAAACCCCAAGGCUAGUAGAAGCGGUGACCUUUUCGCCAUUGCUUCAGAAGCUGUGAAAGAUCAUUUUAAACCAGUUCCUGGCCAGAAGCAGUAUGUGUCUGUCUUACUGCUAGAUUCUCAUUGGGAGAAAGCUUCUCAGACCAUCACCGGCCAUGCUGCUUUAGGUGGAGGAGGAGGUGAAAUUCAACUUGCAAUUUUUGGGUCACACGCCUUGCACACUUACCCCUCUAGUAUCGAGGAGGUGGUUCCCGCUUUCUCGGACUGCACACCCACAGACACUAACUACGUUGCCAAUGACUGCAACGAGUCCGGGUCUGCUUGGGAAGCGGCGAAUAUUGGAAUUGGCGCUCAUAUGCACGAGACAGGCCAUCUAUUCGGUUGCCCUCACCAGGAAAAUGGUGUUAUGCUCCGAGACUAUGUUACGUUGAAUCGAUCCUUUACUACUCUGGAGCCAUAUUCAACCCGGACCAAGUCGAAAGGCGGCUUGGUACUAGCAAAGGACGAAUGUACAUGGCAUCGACUUGAUUGUCUUAGAUUCAAAGGACACCCUUGCUUUGCCUUGCCGACCGAUCCUCCAAGGCUAAGUGAUGAAUCAGUUCAAGUUUGGCUCGUUGACGGCGGAAACGUCGUUGUCACAGCUGCUUCAGGCGUUGCUUAUCUUGAAAUUUAUACUGAGGGUGACGACUUGUGCCAUGUUUGGCAAGAAUUUGGUGACGGGAAUGGCAAUGGGCCGAUUCAAAAGCAAGUGAUUCUGACCGAGCAAGAGCUGCGAGGUCGAUUACCAGCCGAUCGAAGAAAGUCCAAAUUAAAGCUUUCGAUAAAGUCAGUUGCUGGCGGCAGUCACGAAGUAGAAGACUUUAGCCUACUCACUUCUAAGGCGUCUAGACUCAAAUUAUCCAAUGGCCAGCUGGCUUUUAGGAGUAGCAAGCUUGGCUUCUCACAAAUGGAGGGGUCUCAAUCUCAGGAGAUCAUAUUCAGUAGCGCAAUCCAGAAGACGACGCUUAUGACCUGCGUAAGAGUCUUCCAUGGGUUUGCCUUGGAUGGAAUUGAAUUUGUAUACGAGGACUCCACUUCUCAACUCUUUGGGAAGAGAGGUGGUCAGCCUGGCGGCAGUGAGUUCAAUUUGGAUACCCGACGAGGCGAGUAUAUUACCGGAUUUUAUGUGAGGAGCGGGCUCUGGUUGGAUGGCAUAGCUAUCAUGACGAGUCUUGGGAGAAAAUCACCUGUGUUUGGGAAUGCCACUGGAGGCUCGGGAAGUUCUCUGGUACCUCCGAGGGGGUACAGCAUUGCUGGAAUCACUGGAAGCUGUGGGCAGUGGGUAGAUGGAUUUGGUAUACUUAUUACGCGUUGA